GUUCACAAGCAGCCGGUAGGUACUCAACCCAAACCGCAAGGAGGACACGGAACCCAAAUUCCAGCACGACUCAUCCAGCCAGCAGCCCAAGCGAACCUAGGGCCCUUGAGCUCCCUCCCGCAUGGCGUUCCCGUGGUGCCUCUCGGCUCCGGCCGCCGUCCCGCCUGUGGCGCCCGCGCCGGGCACCUUUGGCGUAUCCGCGUCGGUCACCGCCCUCGCGCGUGUGCCGGUUCUCGCCGGUAGGCGGCGCAGGUGGAGCACGCUCGUGGUCUGCGCGGCCCCCGACGAGGAGAAGAUUACCAAGCGGUCGCCCCUCGAUUUCCCCAUCGAAUGGGAGAGACCAAAGCCUGGGAGGAGACCUGAUAUCUUCCCUAAGUUCAGCCCAAUGAAGACACCAUUACCGCAUCCGUUACCAGCUGAUGAUCCUCUGGAUGAUGAUCAAGAGGAGGAAGAGGAAGAACAACCACCACCACAGGAGGAGCCACAAGAGGAUGAUCCAGACAAGGAAGAACCUGAGGAAGAUGACCCGGACAAGCCAACCGAGUAACUUCUGGAUGGCUUGAACUGUGGUAGAUAUAGGCAGCGGGCAAAGAUGUGCUACAUCUUUGGAGCACGCCAAGAGAUCUCAGUUCUAUUCGAACUGUUUGUUCUGCCGGCUUAUAUAGGCUCUAGAUGCAUAAGUUUGUUAUGACCUUUGAGCUUUUCUAAAGCUAUGGAAGUUUUGUUUUACGGAUUACAGAUUACGGUGCCAUAUCUGUGAUGAUAUGCAUUCACACUUCUAUCUUAAGUUAGCGUGUACAUUACAACAAGAAGUCUGCAGCAAGCCAGCAACUGUUACUCCAAAUUCUUUUGCUCAGGUGUGUUUGGUCAUAGGAACUAAAGUUUAGCAUAUGUCACGUUGAAUGUUUGAAUGACUAUUAAGAGCAUUAAAUAUAGUCUAAUUGUAAAAUUAAUUA